AUGACGAUGGAAUAUGUUUUUGUUUAUACAUUUCAAUUGCAUCAACAAAAAGUGAUUACCGAGUAUUUUUUAGUUGAGUUGAGAACAACGAAGUUGAGUGAAAUGAAAUAUUUGCCUCAGGCUUUUAAAACAAUGGUUGGAUUGGCUUCCAAUUUCGAUAAUUGUGCGAAACAGACUCCCGUUCAUUGUACGCUUUUAACUCGGAUAUUAAAUUUUAACUUACUCCAGAGCUUAUGUAUUGAAACCAAUAAUGUUGAGAAAGCAAAUGUGUUAAACACAUGGAUCAUUGAUAUGAUCUCAUCGGAAGAUGUCUCAAGGCGAAAAUGUGUUUUUGCUUUCAAAGCUUCUUGUAAACAUUGA